UUUGUAUUUUUUAUAAAGGCGAACAUGUUCGGGGACCGCGACAGACAUGUAAUGAAAAAAACGUAUCCAUAGCCUCUCCUCACUCGAUUACUCCUUCACGAAUUGUACACAUUUUUUAAUCUCUACCCAACCCAACCCAGCCCAACCCAACCAGACCCAACCAGACCCAACCAAACUGCACAUUACGUCAAAGUUCAAAGCAAGAAGAACAAGAAGGCAAAAUAAUCAAAUAUUUUAUUUGCCCCGCAAAAUUCGCUCAAAAGGGAGACAAAAAAGAUGCACAGCACACUUCCGCCGCCAGAAAUUGCUUUCAACGUUGCCCUCCGCCAGUACAUUAUUGCCUUUUGUAUCUACCAUACAUCCUUUAUUUACACUAUUUAUAUUAUCCUUCCUGAGCGAGUGCGCAGACUGGCACCGAGACUCUACCGUGUAUUCAGCCGACACCAUCGAGACCACACCAGCGCAUCGGCAUUAUCAGCAGAAGAAGCAUCAGCAGCAGUAGCGGAAAUGCAAGAGACAGCAAGCGGACACCAAGUGCAAUUCCAAAUGGUUGACGCAAUUACUUUGCCCAAAGUGCGCAACCUCAACUCGGUUCUAUUCCCGGUUCGAUACAGCGGCGCCUUCUACAAGGGCCUCCUGCACCCAGGGCAAUUCUCACAGCUGGCACAGUAUAACAACAUAAGCGUGGGCACGAUUGCCUGCCGGAGUCAGCCGCUGGGCUUUGCUGAUUGCUCAUUCACCACGAUGUUCGAUUACAACUCGCCAGUGCCCGACAAAUUCGAGCUAUAUAUGAUGACCCUGGGCGUGCUCGCGCCGUAUCGGCGACUGGGGAUUGGUCGCCUGUUUUUGCAGAACGCCGUGGAGUUUGCUUUCCGGGAUCAGAACAUUGUGCGGAUUGUUUUGCAUGUGCAGAUUGAUAACGACGAUGCCUUGAGGUUUUAUCAUAAGCAUGGGUUCUCGACAUUGCGCAUUGUGCCGCAUUACUACAAAAACAUUGAGCCAUCGGACGCGUAUCUGCUCGAGUACCGGCUACGCUGAGGUCGCUGCUUGGUAACACGUGCGCGAACACACACAUUUUAAUACACACUGCAGCAACGGACGUUUUGAUGAAUUAAAUUAGAUACAUGCUGUACAGAUAAUACACGCCCGCGCUGCAUAUUUUUUUUAAUAAUAGACAAGU